UGUGAGCGUUUAGAACGAAAGUUUAUAUUUGUACUCUUCGUCUACGAAGUACAAUCUUCUCUCUCUCCAUCUAUCUAUCUAUCUAUCUAUCUCUCUCUCUCUCUCUCUCUCUAUCGCAUAUAUCGCCAUGGAGGAUAAGAACGCGUCCGGUAAUACCGCAGCUGUGGAGAACGCAGCUUCUACUCCGGCAGCGAAGAAAGCAGCGAAAUCCAAAGCGAAGACUCAGCGGCCGAAGUCGACGCAUCCGCCGACCGCGGAGAUGGUCACGUCCGCCAUCAAGGAGCUGAAAGAUCGCAAGGGCUCGUCCGUGUUGGCCAUCAAGAAGUACAUCGUUACGAAUUACAAGGUCGACGGCGAGAAGUUCGCCCCCUUCAUCAAGAGAUACCUGAAGGCGGCGGUCACAUCCGGCGCCGUGGUGCAGACUAAGGGAAAGGGCGCAUCGGGCUCGUUUAAGCUUGCCACCGCCAAGCCCAGUCCGAAGAGCAAGGUGGUGAAGCGCGUUGUGAAGGAACGGACGACGGCCACGAAGAAGGCCGCCGAGAAGAAGGUCGCGAAGAAGGCGCCGGCUGCGAAAAAAGUGACGGAGGCUAAGAAAACAGCCGAGAAGAAGCCGGCGGCGCCGAAGAAGACCGCCAAAACAGCGGCGGCGAAGAAGGUAGAGGCCGCGGCGGCUAAGCAAAAGGCCGCCGCGCAGACGAAGAAUCUUUCCAAGACCAAGAAGGCUACGAAAGCCCCGGCUGCCAAGACAAAGACGCCCAAGCCGAAAACCACCAAGGCGGCGGCUACCAAGAGCGCUAAAGCAGCAAAGAAAUAAUUUUCUGACACUGCUUCUGCUUCUGAUAUACAAACUGGCCCUUUUCAGGGCCC